AUGGACGCCAGUUGUGGGCCCUCGAGCGCUCUUUCCCAGCUUUCCAAACACGCCCAGAGAGAUACCUCUCUUCAACAUGGAUUAGUGAACAGAAACGAAAACCAGCAAAACCGCCAGGGCGGGUUCAGAAACCAGCCUGGGUUUGAUAACUCGCUUAACCAGGAGUUUCAGAAUUUCAGUGGCAGAACUGGUGGUGCUCCUAUGUUCCAGGAUCAGUUUGCUGGAGCUGGUCCCAUUCAUCCGCAGCAGCAGCAUCACCAGCAACACCAUCGUCAGCCACAGCAGGGACAAAACCAGCAGAACCGUUGGAUCCAGGACUUUAAUGGACUUUCCAUAGAUAACCGUCAGACUGGCCAGCAAGGUCAGCAUGGGCAGCAAGGGAAGUCUGAUUGGCAUAGACAGUUUAUGAAUCAGCAGAAUGUGCAACAUCAAGCGCAGCCACAGCUUCAACAUAACAUGACAAACUACCAGAUGGGAUCUAUGGGGCAAAUGGGACAUAUGGGCCAGAUGGGCCAGUACCGUUAUCAGGGAGCUCAGGCGAUGAACCUGCCACAGAACCAGAAGGCACAGGUGGAAGCUGAUUUGCUCGAGAAUAGCGAGGCUCUUGAUUCCCACUUUGACCAGUUGGAGAAGGAAUUAGCUAUGGAAGAGCAAGUGGACUCGGAAGAGGCGCUGAUUAGUGAAAUCGACAAGGAACAGUUUGUCAAGGCGGCUCGGGAUGUCCAGCGGUCGAUGAGAAGCGAGAAGAACCAGAAAUCGGACGAAACUACGUCGAAGUUCGAGCAGCUGAAUUUCUUAAAGCUCAUGAACUCCAUUUCUGACAGAAAGGUGGAGCUUUCUCAGCAAGGCGAUAAGCUUGUGGAGACGGCGUCCGGUGAAGAUAUCAGAAAGCACUUGAGCGAUCCCCUCAAGUACGAGAAGGAUCCUAACUACCACCAGCAGCCACACGAAGCCCAGACGGCGACUCCAGCGCCUAUACCGUCAGUGGUGCCCAACGAGCCACAAGUUACCAGAGAAUCAGAAAACGUGCAGAACCAUUUGCCUGAUCCUUUGGCACACAUCAAGGACGGACAGCUUCCGGACAAUUUGAGUGCAUUGCAAGCCGCUAAGAUCAUCAGUGGUGGUCAGGUUAACGAUCGUACGUGGAUGGAAGACGAGUCGUGGCUUUCUGGCCCUAGUUACCCAGCAGGCGUGGCCAGCGGCAUGUCUGGAGGCUUGCCUAGCGGCAACAGCAGCAGCGGCAACAGUAUAAUGGAGCCCCACUGGCAGGAAGUCUACGAUGACUACCGUCACGAUGAUGAUUACCACUAA